GCUGCCGCCAUUUCAGUCGGCUGGGCGCGGGCGGCAGGAGGGGGUUGUGGCCGCUGCUGUCGUCGCCGCCAUUUUGUGGCGGGUGUUUGGUCGUGGCGGGAGCGGGCGGAGGGCGCCGGAGACAGCCCAGUACCCCGCGGCACCCGCCGGCCCGCCCGCCCCACCGGAGACCUGGCGAUCGUCUGCUUCGAUUCUCUUGAUCUGAAGAUGGCUGCACAGUCAGCACCGAAGGUUGUGCUAAAGAGCACCACCAAGAUGUCUCUGAACGAGCGCUUCACUAACAUGCUGAAGAACAAACAGCCGAUGCCAGUCAACAUUCGGGCCACCAUGCAGCAGCAGCAGCAGCUGGCCAGUGCCAGAAACAGAAGACUGGCCCAGCAGAUGGAGAACAGACCCUCUGUGCAGGCUGCUCUGAAGCUCAAGCAGAAGAGCUUGAAGCAGCGCCUCGGGAAGAGCAACAUCCAGGCACGGCUGGGCCGGCCCGCAGGGGCCCUGGUGCGUGGGGCCAUGGGGAGCAGGGGCCUGCCCAUGGGGCAGAGAGGUCUGCCCCGCGGAGCCAUGCGUGGAGGCCGUGGGGCCAGAGCUCUGCUGCGAGGAGGACUCCCACUCAGAGGUCAGAGCCUACUCCGUGGGGGACGAGGCCUGUCCCCGAGAAUGGGCCUGAGGAGAGGUGGCAUCCGAGGACGUGGUGGCCCUGGAAGAGGUGGCCUGGGCAGAGGAGCCAUGGGCCGUGGCGGGCUCGGUGGCAGAGGUCGUGGCAUGGCUGGCCGGGGCCGGGGCGGCUUCGGAGGUCGCGGCAGAGGCCGGGGCCGGGGGCGAGGCUCGGCGCGGCCUGCCCUGACCAAGGAGCAGCUGGACAACCAGCUGGACGCCUACAUGUCCAAGACCAAGGGGCACUUGGACGCCGAGCUGGACGCCUACAUGGCACAGACAGACCCAGAGACCAAUGACUGAGGCUGGAGGCCCAGAGACUUGUGGCUGAGCCGAGUGUGGCAGCGCUGCCCAGAAGCUACAAACAACCCCAGUGACACCAGAAGGACCCGUGGGCACCGGGAGUGGUCCUGCCCUCCACACCCGACCUUCAGCCUGCUCCUCUCGAGUUUUGAUACUUCCUGCCCUAUCAAACCCCUUUUUUGGAGAUUUUUUUUUUUUAAGCAUUUUGUGUCACUCACACUCUCCCAGGUGCCAAACCCAUGGCCAUGACCCCCUAGCCUCCACCUCUGCCCACAGCCAAGCCCUCCUUGGUGCUGGGAUCACCCAUUCCUGUGCCUCUCCAGCUCGGGGGGGUGCCUUUGGGGAGUCCACUUUGUCCCCACGUGUCACCAGCGGGGUUGAGCUCGCACCUGGGUUUCCCUUCAACUCCUCCUGAGGCAGAAAUCCUCCCAGCAAAGCAGCUAGGUUCUGGUUUCGCUCUGGACACCCAAACCACUUCAUUUGACACCAGCUCUUCUGUUUCCCACCCAAGCAUCCUCCUCUGGUGGCCAGAGCCCAGGGCAAGCUCUUAACAGCUUGCUGGGGUUUUUUUGAGCUAUUUUCGUUGUUUUUUAGAUGAAGUUUGGCUUUCUUUAGCGUUGCUGUAGCAGUUGGCACCAGUGGUUUGUGUGUUGCAAGGGAAGUGUUUAUUCAAAGCAAGCAGGAACGUGGAGUCGGAGCCACCCCGCCGGCAGCCUGGUGACACUGAUUUUUAACCCAGUGUGGAGUCCAAAACUCCUCUGUUGCUGUCACCGAACCUGUGUCCCGUGGGGCAGCCUGCUGCACCCUCUCCCGGUGCCAGGCCAGCUCCAGCCUCCCCACCUCCUGUUUUUUUAAGUUCGAGCAUUCUGUGACUGUUCCAGUUUCAAUGGAAUCUUGUAUUUCUGGUUUGUUGUAACAAAGGAGAGAUGAUGCUGAACCGAA